GACAAGACCUUGGUAAAGCCCAACUGAAACAAGAAAUUGAAUAGGAAAAUGUGGUUCAUCGGCCCUCACAGUUAGCUCAACGCCCCAACCAUACACCAUUAUUGUUUCACAUCUCCAAAACCAACACCCACCUGGGAAAUUUUCAGCAUCUUAUAGCGAUUCUGCCCAUUUCGAGAUCUCAUUCGGGCUUCCGAUUCUUCUUCUUCAUCUUGAUUUCGUUGACCUUUUCACUUUGUGCAUGGUUCUUGCAUGAAAUCGUUCUCGAUUUGAAAGAAUUUUCUUAGUCUUUACACUAUUUUUGUGAAGUGGGUCUCUGUCACUUUGGUCUUCAAAAGAUGAAGGUGACCGUCGUUUCUCGUAGCGGUAAAGAAGUCAUCAAGGGUGGCCUUGAGCUCAACGAUUCCGCCACGGUAGCUGAUCUGCAGGAGGCUAUCUAUCGGAGAACCAAAAAGUUCUAUCCUGCAAGACAGCGACUGACCCUCCCCAUCCAGCCGGGUUCCAAGGAGAGGCCUACCGUCCUUCAGUACAAGAAAAGUCUCAAAGAUUACUCUGGUGGAAACUCGGACAACUUAACAGUAGUGUUCAAGGACCUCGGCCCACAAGUUUCCUAUCGCACACUUUUCUUUUUUGAGUAUUUGGGUCCUUUGAUCCUCUACCCUGUCUUUUACUUCUUUCCCGUGUACCAGUACUUUGGGUACAAAGGAGAGCGCAUCAUCCACCCAGUCCAGACAUAUGCUUUGUUCUAUUGGUGUUUCCACUACUUCAAACGUAUUAUGGAAACAUUUUUUGUGCAUCGAUUUAGCCAUGCAACCUCACCACUCUCCAAUGUGUUCCGCAAUUGUGCAUACUAUUGGACCUUUGGCUGUUAUAUAGCUUACUAUGUGAAUCACCCACUUUACACCCCUGUUAGUGAACAGCAAAUGAAGAUUGGCUUUGGGUUUGGGAUACUUUGUCAAAUAGCAAACUUCUAUUGCCAUAUCUUGCUAAGCAAUCUGCGCAGCCCUAAUGGGAGUGGAGGGUAUCAAAUUCCACGUGGAUUUUUGUUUAAUAUUGUGACAUGUGCAAAUUACACAACAGAGAUCUAUCAAUGGGUAGGUUUCAACAUUGCAACACAAACAGUUGCAGGUUAUAUCUUUGCCAUAGUUGCUGCUUCUAUCAUGACCAACUGGGCCCUUGCAAAGCACCGCCGACUCAAAAAGCUAUUUGAUGGAAAGGAAGGAAGACCCAAGUAUCCACGCCGAUGGGUGAUUUUACCGCCAUUCCUAUAGAGAAGAUAUUGGUGAGCCUGCUCCUUGGCCUGUUUGGUGUUAUGUUCAUUCUCACCAGUUCUGAAGUAGAGAUCACAUUUUGUUCCAGUUUCAUGUAUGUUUUUAGUCUUUCAUUUAGACAGUGUAAUGCAUUUGAACUAUAAGGAUGACCAUCCUACUUGUUCUUUUAAUUUAUUUAAAAUCAUUCGGGAAUUACUUUUCGUCCGAAUUGAUGGCCGUGGUAUAAAUUCAUCUUUUCUUUGAAAA